AUGCCCCUCUGCCCUCCGCCGCUGGAGCAGCAACCAACCUGCCCUGUUGUGUGGCGGCGGCGCCGCUUCCUUGGCUCGGCUCAGGACGCUCGUCUGCUGGCGGAGACGGUCUGCCCCUGCCCUUGCUUGUGUGAACCCGGCGCCUGGCAUGCUGGCUGCAGGGUGGCACCUGCCCUUGCUGUCGACGAUGAGCCGCCGCCCGUGCUGUGCGAUGAGGCUUGUGCGGCGGGGCUGGAGGGGCGGGAGCGCGUGACCACCGCCUCUGGCCUGCAGUACAUCGACCUGGUGCAGGGCAGGGGGCCCUCGCCGCCACGCGGCUACCAGGUCACAGGCGAGCUCCACUACGUGGCGAUGACCCCAGAUGGCCGCGUCUUCGACUCCUCGCUGGCCAAGGGCUAUCCCUACCAGAUCCGAGUGGGCGCGGAGCAGGUUGUGGCGGGCCUCGACGAGGGCCUGCUGACCAUGUCUGUGGGAGGGCUGCGGCGCAUCUACGUCCCCGGCAGCCUCGCUUACCCCAGGGGCCUGCCCGCAGCCGCCGGGCGGCCGCGCGUGGCGCCCUCCACCCCUGUCAUGUUUGACGUCAAGCUACUCUACAUCCCUGGCAUCACCGAUGACGAGGAGGAUGAGUAA